AUGCUCGACGUCAACGACUUCAUCGCCGAGCGGGGCGGAAACCCUGAAAAGAUUCGUGAAUCGCAACGCCGGCGCUUCGCCAAUGUUGAGGUUGUGGACGAGAUCAUUGCCUUGUUCGAGGACCACCGCCGAACCCAGUACAGCGCAACACAGCUAAAUGGCAAGAUAAACGACGUCCAGAAGCAGAUCGCGACCAAGAAGAAGGCCAAGGAGAACGCCGACGAUCUUCUCAAGCAAAAAAUUGAGCUGGAGAAGGAGAAGAAGUCUCUGAUCGAGUCGGCAGCCGAGAAGGAUGUGCUGCUAAAGGCCAAGGUCAGGUCAGUAGGCAACAUUGUUGCCGACUCUGUGCCCGUGAGCAACAAUGAGGACAACAACGCAGUUCAGCGAACGUGGGCCCCCGAGGGCGUUACCGUAGAGAAGCGACCGGUCCUGUCUCACCACGAGGUCCUCCUCCGACUUGACGGAUAUGACCCUGACAGAGGUGUCAAGGUCGUUGGCCACCGUGGAUAUUUCCUUCGCCAGUGGGGAGUUUUUCUCAACCAGGCGCUGGUAAACUACGGUCUCGAAUUCCUGACCCAGAAGGGAUACACUGCUCUCCAGGCGCCUCAGUUCAUGCUCAAGGACUACAUGGCUAAGACUGCUCAAUUGGACGAUUUCGAUGAGCAGCUGUACAAGGUCGUGGACGGAGACUCGAAGAACGACAAGUAUCUCAUCGCCACGUCUGAGCAGCCCAUCUCUGCGUUCCAUGCCGACGAGUGGCUCCAGCCCAAGGACCUUCCCAUCAAAUAUGCUGGCUAUAGCACGUGCUACCGACGAGAGGCUGGCUCCCACGGCCGAGAUGCCUGGGGUAUCUACCGUGUUCACCAGUUCGAAAAGAUCGAGCAAUUCCUCCUUGCCGACCCAGAGAAGUCCUGGGAAGCAUUUGACGACAUGAUUGCUGCUUCAGAGGAGUUCUACAAGUCUCUCGGCCUGCCAUAUCAGGUUGUUGCUAUCGUGUCUGGUGCUCUCAACGAUGCUGCCUCCAAGAAGCUGGAUUUGGAAGCGUGGUUCCCCUACCAAGGAGAGUACAAGGAGCUCGUGUCAUGCUCCAACUGCACUGACUACCAAUCUCGCGCCCUUGAGAUUCGCUGUGGAACCAAGACCCAGACAGAUAUCAAGAAGAAGUACGUUCACUUGUUAAACUCAACACUGUGCGCCACAACACGAACUCUGUGCUGUGUUCUUGAGAACUACCAAACAGAAGAGGGUCUGCGUGUACCAGAGGUGCUCAGGAAGUAUUUGCCUGGAACCCCUGAUUUUAUCCCCUUUGCUAAAGAGCUGCCGAAAGAGACUACGGCGCAGAAGGCACUGCCGCAGAGGAAGAAGUAA